AUGGCGGUCCCUGCAACAUCCUCAGCUCCUGUUCUUCGACCCAUCCCCAGCAGCAACCGCUCCUUCUCUUCCUUAUUCCACCGCCACCGCUCGCUCCCCACUCCCACCUCCACGAAACCGUUAACCGUCUUCGCUAUGGCCCCCAUAAAAAAGGUGAACAAAUACGACGAUAAGUGGAAGAAGGAGUGGUUCGGAGCGGGAAUAUUCUACGAGGGGAGCGAGGAGGUGGAGGUGGACGUGUUCAAGAAGCUGGAGAAGAAGAAGGUGUUGAGCAAUGUGGAGAAAGCUGGUUUACUCUCCAAAGCGGAGGAGUUGGGCUUCACGCUCUCUUCAAUCGAGAAGCUCGGCGUCUUUUCCAAGGCGGAGGAGCUCGGCUUGCUCAGCCUCCUCGAACGCGCCGCCAGCGUCUCCCCCUCCCUCCUCGCCUCCGCCGCGCUCCCCGCCUUCGUCGCCUCCAUCGCUGCCAUCGUCCUCAUCCCCGAUGACUCCGCCGCGCUCGUCGCCGUCCAGACCGUUGUUGCUGCCGCUCUCGGCGUCGGCGCUGUUGGGCUCUUCGUUGGCUCCGUCGUGCUCGGCGGAUUGCAAGAGGCUGAUUAG